AUGUCAGCGAGCACUGGAUUGUUCCCCACAACACCCCUGGUAACAGAUGUUACCUUUCAAUGUCAGACUGAGACUCCACAGAUAAAAGAGCAGUUGAAGAGGUGCAAAGAUGUCUUUCUGCAGGGCAGCAACAGUGAAUUUUGCUCCUUUGUGAAUUCAACCUUGGUGAAUUUGGAGACCAUGUGUGCAGGGGACAGAGCAGUAUCGCUGCAGGAUGUUGCUCGUCCCUUUGGUUCCUUCCUGAAUAGCUCCAUCCUCAGUGCUGGUGGGAAGGAGAACGAGGGGGAGGUGGCCUCUGCCGUGACGUUCCUCCUGCAGAGUGUGGAAUUGGCUGCACUGACAGCUGCUUUGAGGUCUCCGAAGAAUACGUCCCAGACUGUGACAACAGAAUCUAUGGCUAUCGAGACGCUCCAUGUUGAGCUGGCUGCAGGUCCCUGUGAUAAGGUCUUCACGCUGAGAGCUCAGGAGCAGGCAAUGGACAUUCACUGCGAUACGGUCACCAGAGCAGCGACAGAAGAUUCCUGGGCUGUUGCUUUUAUUUCUUACUCCACCCUGGGCUCCAUCAUUAACAAGAGAUUUUUCAACGAGGGAGAUCUAACGGCUGAUGAGAAAUUGAGGAAUUGUCACCUGAAUUCCAGGGUGGUGAGUGGGGCUGUUGGCAACGGGAGCCUCAUGAACAUCUCCAAACCUGUGAACUUCACCCUGCGCCAUAGACAGGCAAAGAAAGAGGAGGAAGAGACUCGCUGCGGUCACUGGAAAUUCAUCGCUGGGAAAGGCACCUGGGCUGAGGAUGGCUGCACCAUUCUCCACACGAACAGCACUCACACCAUCUGCAGCUGUGACCAUCUCUCCAGCUUCGCACUCCUUAUGGGUCUCAGCGGAGUGGAGGAGAACCGUGUCCAGGUUUGGGUGCUGCGCUUCAAGAAGGAUGAGGACAAAUUGUACAGAGUCCAGAGGAGAGCAACAGAAAUGAUCAGAGGUUUAGAAAACAUGACCUGUGAGAAAAGGUUGAAAGAACUGAGCAUGUUUUGUCCAGAGACGAGACGGCUGAUGGAGGACAUGAUAAUAAUCUGCAAAUAUGCAAAAGGUCGUUAUAAAGAGGACUGUGAUCAAUUGGUGCCCAUGUCCACCAAGGGUAGGACAAGAAGGAAUUGGCUUAAUGAGCAGCCAGGGAGAUUUAGGUUAGAUAUUAGGAAAAACUUUCUAAGUCUAAGGAUGGUUCAGCACAGGAACAGGUGACCUAGGGAGGCUGUGGAAUCCCUGUUAUUGGGGGGUUUAAGAACAGGCUGGACAAAGACCUGCCAGGGAUGGUCUAGGUGCACUUGGUCCUGCCUCAGCACACGGUGAUGAUUGUUUGACCUUCUGAGGUCCCUUCAAGUCCACAUUUCAGUGAUUCUGUGAAGUGGUGCUAGGCCCUCUGCACUGUGGUCAUUUUCCCCCAUAGGGUAUCAGGUACUCAGCAAGGUAAAUGCUUUUGGGGCUGGGAGGAGUGGUAGGUCAGAAGGGAGGAGAGCAGGGCAUGCUGAGAAGACGGUGCUUUCCUGUGUGUAGUACUGUUGGUUGAUACGAUAUAAUGUAACAGGACAUGAGUCAACUUGGCUUCCUGUCUAAAUUAUCGAAGAUUAGGAGGCUGCAAAGCUCAAAAUCCUCAGAAUUUGACCUACUGCCCUGAUAGCAUCUGAGCCACUGAGGUGAUGUGUAUCCACUGGGUGAGUGGAACAAAGUCCGUGGGCUGAACUUGGGUGGGGCUAGGAGAGUCCGGCGGGCCUACGGGUCUGUCUGCACCGGGGCUGGAAGGUGAAUGUUCCAGCUUGAGACGACAUAAUUGCGCUAGCUCUCAUCUUGCUAGAAAUAUGUGUGUCACCGUGGAGGCAGGAGGGACUGGCUGCC